GCCAAAACAUGAAGUGCGUCGCGUCGUGACGCGACGCACUUCAUGUGAUACCCGACGCGCCCUGUGGGACAGUCUCGCUUAGGUCAGUCUUCGAAAGUAUUUCAGGGAGACUAUUGUAACCUAGUUAUGGACAAUUAUGAAGAAGGGGAACAACACGUAAUUUUCUGUACUGGAAGUGAAUGGGUGGAACAAUUAAUUAGUGAAGUGUUCCGUAGAGAACCUCUUUGGAAUAGUAAAUUGCCCUAUAAAGAAAGAGGGUUCAAGACAACGUCAGUUCUAUGGGCCGAAGUCGACCAUAUUUUAGAUAAAGAAAAAGGAACCUCUCAGGCGAAGUUUAAAAGUCUAAGAGAUCGAUUCUUGAAGUUGUACGCCGAGUGUAAUAAAAAGCCAAAAAGUGGAAGUGCUGCGUCGGCGUUACAUAAAACAACUUGGAAGUAUUAUAAUCAAUUGUUAUUCCUUAUACCGACAAUCGAAUGCAGACCAGCGAAUACACAUUUAAAGAAAAUAGAGGAAGGCACCAAUUUCAACACGAGCUCGACAGAAUUGUCAAGUCGGUACGCGUUAAAGAGAAAGAAAAGUGCAGAAACUGGAAACACGAUGGACUUAGAUCCUUUCAGGCAAUAUUGCCAAGCCCAGUUAGAGGCGAGCUCUCAACCACCCGAUCGAAUUGGUGCAUUUUGUAUGUAUUUAGAAGCGGAGCUAAGAGAAAUGGACAUGAAUUCGGCUCAGAUGAUGAUGAAUAAUGUUUUGAAAUUAUUAUUGGACACAAAGGAAAGGAUAAAUGAGUAAAAUUACAAAUAGUUCUUUUUAUUUCACCUGUCAAAGUGUAAAGAAAUACUAUUUAACGUACAGAUCAUACGAAAUUUGUCACAUGCACAGAAAUAUACAAUACAGACACAAACAUUCAUUUAAAGAUUCUUAUAUCAUGCGAUAAUAAUAUACACAAUUAAAAUUAAAUGCUACGUGAUUCAAUGAAUCUUCCGUAAAGUACUUAUUAAAUCAUCGUAACGUUCCCCGCAGUAUAGAAUAUGAGGUUAAAAUUUAUGUAGAUGAACUGUGGUUUUUAUCAUUUUCAGACAAUGUUGAAUAUUUUCAAAUUACCACCUGGAUACAAUGGAGAAAAUAAACGAGUAUAAUUAUAAA